AUGGAGGGCCGACGCUUCUCCAAGUUGCUGCAGAAACUCACGUCCCGCGCAGGCCACCAGUACGUGCCGCUGGAGAGCGGCGAGUUGGAAGCCCUGACUGAUGAGCAAUGCGAGUUGAAAGCCAUCGAGAAGGAGAAGACAGUGGUACCUCUGCCGCCCAAGGAAGCAUGCAAGUGCCACAAAGAAGACUUGGCCAAAGCAUUUUACGUGGACUUGGAGAACGGGCUGUCAGAGCUCGCGGUGACACAACGCAGGCUGGUCCACGGCUGGAAUGAGUUUGUUGCCGACAAUACAGAGCCUGUGUGGAAGAAGUACCUUGACCAGUUUAAGAACCCCCUGAUCCUGCUACUGCUGGGCUCGGCCCUGGUGAGCGUGCUCAUCAGAGAGUACGAGGAUGCCGUCAGCAUCACUAUGGCUGUGCUGAUUGUGGUCACCGUGGCCUUCAUCCAGGAGUACAGAUCAGAGAAGUCCCUGGAAGAGCUGACCAAGCUGGUUCCCCCAGAAUGCAACUGCAUAAGGGAAGGGAAACUCCAGCACCUGCUCGCACGAGACCUGGUUCCCGGAGAUAUCGUGGCCCUGUCCAUCGGAGACCGUGUCCCCGCAGACAUCCGCCUCACCGAGGUGACAGACCUCCUGGUGGACGAGUCCAGUUUUACCGGAGAGGCUGAGCCGUGCAGUAAGACGGACAGCGCCCUGCCGGGCGGGGGUGACCUCAGCAUGCUGAGCAACAUAGCCUUCAUGGGCACGCUGGUACAGUACGGGAAAGGCCAGGGCGUCGUGAUUGGAACGGGGGAGAGGUCUCAGUUUGGAGAAGUCUUCAAGAUGAUGCAGGCUGAAGAGACGCCUAAAACGCCCUUGCAGAAAAGCAUGGACAAGCUGGGGAGGCAGCUCACGCUCUUCUCGUUUAUCAUCAUCGGUCUGAUCAUGUUUGUGGGCUGGCUGCAGGGGAAGCCGCUGCUCAGCAUGUUCACCAUCGGUGUCAGCCUGGCUGUGGCUGCCAUCCCAGAGGGCCUGCCCAUUGUCGUCAUGGUCACGCUGGUCCUGGGAGUGCUGCGCAUGGCGAAGAAGCGGGUCAUCGUGAAGAAGCUGCCGAUUGUGGAAACACUAGGUUGCUGCAACAUCAUCUGUUCUGACAAGACGGGGACUCUGACAGCCAAUGAGAUGACGGUGACCCAGCUGGUGACGUCCGACGGGCUCCAUGCUGAGGUCAGUGGGGUUGGGUACAACGGCAAGGGGAGUGUAUGUCUCUUACCGUCUAAGGAAGAGCUGAAGGAAUUUUCCAACGUCUCAGUGGGAAAGUUAGUGGAGGCAGGCUGUGUGGCCAACAACGCUGUCAUCAGGAAGAACGCAGUGAUAGGACAGCCCACAGAGGGGGCCCUGAUCGCCCUGGCCAUGAAGAUGGGCUUAGGGGACGCCAAAGAGUCCUACGUGAGGAAACAGGAGAUGCCAUUCAGCUCGGAACAGAAGUGGAUGGCGGUGAGAUGCAGCCCGAAGAACGAGGGGCAGGAGGACGUGUACUUCAUGAAGGGGGCCUUCGAGGAGGUGAUCCACCACUGCACCACGUACAACCACGGGGGCAUUCCCCUGCCCCUGACGCCCCAGCAGCAGGCGCUCUGCAAGCAAGAGGAGAGGAGGCUGGCCUCACUCGGCCUGCGGGUGCUGGCUCUGGCGUCGGGGCCCGAGCUGGGGCAGCUGAUGUUUCUGGGCCUUGUCGGAAUCAUUGACCCACCGAGGGCUGGCGUGAAGGAGGCGGUCCAGGUCCUCUCCGAAUCAGGCGUGUCCGUGAAAAUGAUCACGGGAGAUGCCCUGGAGACAGCCCUGGCAAUAGGAAGAAAUAUUGGCCUGUGCAACGGGCAGCUGAGGUCCAUGUCUGGGGCAGAGGUGGACAGCAUGGAGGAGGGCGAGCUGGCUGAGCACGCCAGGAAGGUCUCCGUAUUCUUCAGGACCAGCCCAAAGCACAAACUCAAACUCAUCAAGGCCUUGCAGGAGUCGGAGGCAAUCGUGGCCAUGACGGGAGAUGGGGUGAAUGACGCGGUUGCCCUGAAGUCGGCAGACAUCGGGAUUGCCAUGGGGCAGAUGGGGACAGACGUCAGCAAGGAGGCCGCCAACAUGAUCCUGGUGGACGAUGACUUCUCCGCCAUCAUCGACGCCGUGGAGGAAGGCAAGGGGAUUUUUUAUAACAUCAAAAACUUCGUCCGCUUCCAGCUGAGCACGAGCAUCUCCGCGCUGAGCCUCAUCACGCUGUCCACUGUGCUCAACCUGCCCAACCCCCUGAACGCCAUGCAGAUCCUGUGGAUCAACAUCCUCAUGGACGGGCCGCCCGCGCAGAGCCUGGGGAUGGAGCCCGUAGACAAGGACACCCUGAGGCAGCCACCGAGGAGCAUCAGGGACACCAUCCUGGGCCGAGCCCUCAUCCUGAAGAUCCUGCUGUCUGCCAGCGUCAUCAUCAGCGGCACCCUCUUCGUCUUCUGGAAGGAGACCCCUGCAGACAAGGCCAGCACACCACGCACCACGACCAUGACCUUCACGUGCUUUGUGCUCUUUGACCUCUUCAACGCCCUGACUAGCCGCUCCCAGACCAAGCUCAUCUGUGAGAUCGGCCUGUGCAGGAACCGCGUGUUUCUCUACUCGGUGCUCGGCUCUGUCCUGGGGCAGCUGGCCGUCAUCUAUGUGCCUCCCCUGCAGAGGGUCUUCCAGACGGAGAACCUGGGCGUGCUCGACUUGCUGUUUCUCACGGGACUGGCCUCGUCUGUCUUCGUGCUGUCGGAGCUCCUGAAGCUGUGGGAGCGGGCCAGCUGCCAAGCCCGCGAGGCCCAGCUCUCCCAGGAAGAGGUCUAA